CGGACAAUUGUGGAACUAAAUUUGACAGAUGGGGAGAUCGGCCAUGUUGUCGUUUGUCGAUGUUAUCAAGGUGUGUUUGUUGUGGUAGACAUUUAGUGAGUUUAUUAUUGGAUUAGUGCGUUAUGAGGUUUAUUUACGAUGCCAAAAGUUGUAAAAAGUGCAGGUCGAGAAAUGAUAUUAAAGGUGAAGGAGUUCUGUGAAGCGGAACAUAAGAAUCACGGUGUUUUAAUACCAAUAAACAAUGUUCGCAAAAGAGUCGCCGCCAUGACAGGUGUGUCAGAGAAAACUGUAACGAGAGUUACAAAAGAAGGCGCAACAGCGGCGAGUACUUCUAAAAUUAUCGUCACCCCAGGGAAGAGCCGCCCGCAUCCCAAAAAGAUCGACUUGGAUGGAUUUGAUUUGUGCGCUAUUCGUCAAAAAAUUCACAGUUUUUAUGUUGUGAAGAAGGAAUUACCUACAUUGCCUAAAUUACGUGCAGCUUUGAGAGAAGACAUAAAUUAUCAAGGAAGCAUCACAACAUUGCACCGUAUAUUGCAUAGCAUGGGUUUCAAGCAUAAGCGAUGCCAAUCGAAACGUAAAUUACUAAUGGAACGUUAUGAUAUUACUGCAUGGCGUUCAAGAUAUUUGGAGAGAAUACGAAGAAAUCGCAAUGUGGAGAAAAAACCUGUAGUAUAUUUAGACGAGACCUAUAUACACAACACUUAUCAUGCCAAAAGUAGCUGGCAAAGUGAGGAGGAGCCUGGGAUGUUCGUGUCAGAGUCAUCGGGGAGUCGUUGGAUAAUUGCUCAUGCGGGAACUGAAAAUGGUUUUGUUAAUGGUGCAUUGUUAAUGUUCAAAUCCCAAUCCAAAUCCUCAGAUUACCAUGAUGACAUGAACUCGACUAAUUUUUUGAAAUGGAUGAGUGAAAAAGUCAUUCCUAACCUACCUGAAAGGUCACUUGUGGUAAUGGACAACGCUCCGUAUCACUGCACUCAAAUAAAUAAAGCACCUACAAUGUCAAGUAUUAAACGUGACAUGCAGGAAUGGCUGCGAGAAAAGGGAGUAUAUUUUGAAGAUACUUGGACAAAAGCUGUAUUAUUUGAAUUAAUUAAACAAAACAAGGGUCCACCUACAUAUGCCGUGGAUGCAUUAUUAAAAUCUCACAAUCAUGAAUUGCUAAGAUUGCCGCCUUACCACUGCGAUCUCAAUCCGAUCGAAAAAAUGUGGAGCCUUGUAAAGAGACGGGUAGCGGAUAAAAACGUGGGCCAAGAUCCAAAAGAAAUUGUACGCCUAACAGAAGAGGCUUUUGAGACAGUUACAGCGGAAGAUUGGGCAGUUCAAUGUAAACAUGUACAGCAUUUGGAGGAAGAAUAUUUAAAAAAUGAUGGUCUUAUGGAUGAAGAAAUGGAUCGAUUUAUUAUAUCCACGGCUAGUGAUAGUGAAACAGAAUCUGAUUCUGUUUCUAUUCACUCUUCUGACAGUGAUCAUGAUCAUAAUUAUUCAAUAAAAAUUUGA